AUGUGUCAUCUCCCUAUUCCUGUUCAAGUUUCCUCUUACAAUCUCCGCAGGUGGCGUCCAAAGCAUCCUCGCGGACGCAACCUGUCUAACCUCAUCCAUCCACCACGCUCUGCUAACACUGCUACUGGCAUUUCAGGUGGUCUCUGGAACUGCCAAUCGGCGGUACAGAAGGCCGACUUCAUCUCCGCCCAAGCCUCCUUGAUGUCCCUGCACUUUCUGGCCCUCACCGAGACGUGGAUCACACCGGAGAACACGGCCACUCCCGCUGCCCUCUCCACGGCCUUUUCCUUCUCCCACACUCCCAGACCCUCGGGAAGGGGUGGGGGAACUGGCUUCCUGAUCUCCCCCUCGUGGAGAUUCCAAGCAACAUCUCUCCCUUCUAUCUCCCCAACAUCGUUUGAAUUUCAUGCUGUUUCUGUUUAUUCCCCUUAUAAACUACAUAUGACUGUUCUCUACCGCCCCCCAGGCCCUCUGCAGUCAUUCCUAGAUGAACUGGACAUCCUCCUCAGCGCCUUCCCUGAAGAUGGCACUCCCAUCCUGCUGCUAGGAGACUUCAACCUUCCGAAUUCUUCUCAGUCUGACAGCCUACUCUCCCUCCUUCAGUCCUUUGAUUUUACCCUCGUGGAGUCCACUGCAACACACAAGGGCGGUAAUCAACUGGACCUGGUCUUCACAAGAGGCUGCCUAGUUCCUGAUCUCACGGUCACACCGCUCCAAACCUCAGAUCACUUCUUCAUGUCCUUCUCUCUCUCGAUCUCUCCCUCUCUGAAAUCCUCAGCACCCAAGCUACCAGUCGCAGCUAGACGUAACCUUCGCACUCUCUCCUCUAGUGCCUUCUCUUCUAUGGUCUGCUCCUCUCUCCCACCUGUAGAAGCCUUCUCACUUCUCCCCGUGGAAAAGAAGUCCUCUACGGUCCUCUCUGCGCUGGCCUCCACCCUGGACACCCUCUGCCCCCCAGUCACCAAACCGGCUCGCCUCUCCGCCCCCAGUCCCUGGUUGACUGAUAGUAUCCGUGCCGACAGAACCAAACUUCGCGUGGCCGAACGGAGAUGGCGGAAAUCGAGAUCCUCCAACGACCUGUCCCACUACCACUCUCUUCUUUCUUCUUUCUCCUCUACCCUGUCCGCUGCCAAAUCUGCCUUUUUCCACUCUAGGAUCAACUCUGCCUCCUCCAACACCCGCAAACUCUUCUCCACCUUCUCCUCCCUCCUUUCUCCUCCUCCUCCUCCUCCUCCCUCAUCCCUAUCUGCUGAUGACUUUGUCUCCUUCUUCGAGAAGAAGAUCAAUGACAUCUGCGACUCCUUCCCCCCUCCCCCUCCCACCCCGGAUCCUGCACCCUCCCCCCCUGCUAUCUUCUCCUCCUUCUCCCCUCUAUCUGACGCUGAAGCUCUCUUACUUAUCAAAUCCCAUCGUCCUACUACCUGUCCUCUUGAUCCCAUCCCCUCCCCUCUCUUUCAGGCCAUCUCGGACGACAUUCUGCCCUUCAUCUCGUCCUUGAUCAACAGCUCCCUAUCUACUGGUACGGUUCCUUCUGCCCUGAAGAGAGCACGGGUCAAGCCACUGCUCAAGAAGCCCAGCCAAGACCCUGCGGAUGUCAGUAGCUACCGCCCAGUCUCUCACCUACCGUUUCUCUCCAAAACCUUGGAACGUGCUGUAUAUAACCAACUCUCACCAUAUCUUCUGCAGCACAAUCUCCUGGAUCAAAAUCAAUCCGGAUUCAAAGCCGGCCACUCCACCGAGACGGCCCUUCUUGCUGUCACGGAGGAGCUCCACUUGGCCAGAGCGAAGUCUCUCAGCUCUGUCCUCAUACUCCUAGACCUCUCCGCAGCAUUUGACACGGUCAACCACCAGAUCCUCCUCUCAUCCCUUGCUGGGCUGGGCUUCGCGGGUUCUGCACUCGCAUGGUUCAAGUCCUAUCUGUCUGACCGCUCCUACCAGGUCUCUUGGAGGGAAUCGGUCUCCUCCACCCGCACUCUACACACGGGUGUCCCACAAGGGUCAGUACUUGGUCCACUCCUCUUCUCCCUCUACACCAGAUCACUUGGCCAGGUUAUCUCCACCCAUGGCCUCUCUUACCACUGCUACGCUGAUGACACACAGCUGUUCUUCUCCUUCCCCCCCUCUGACUCCCAGGUUCAACCUCGCAUCGCAGCCUGCCUAGCUGACAUUGCCUCCUGGAUGUCUGCUAACCAUCUCAAACUUAACCCGGAGAAAACAGAGCUCCUGUUUUUUCCUGCUAAGAACUCCCCAGCGAUCGACAAUACAAUCACCAUCGAGGGAUCUGCGGUGUUUCCCACCUCAGCAGCCAAAAACCUUGGCGUCACCCUCGACAACCAGCUGACAUACUCCGGGCACAUCGCAGCAGUCACACGAUCCUGCAGAUUCGCCCUAUACAACAUCAGGAGAAUCCGCCCUUUCCUCACGCAACAGGCAACCCAGCUCCUAGUCCAAGCGCUUGUCAUCUCCCGCCUGGACUACUGCAACGUUCUACUGGCUGGCUUGCCGGCCUGCGCCAUCAGGCCGCUCCAGCUCGUGCAGAACGCCGCUGCACGCCUAGUAUUCAACCUCCCUAAGUACUCUCAUGUCACUCCGCUGCUUACUGCACUCCACUGGCUUCCGGUAGCAGCCCGCAUCCAGUUCAAGACACUGGUGCUGGCCUACCAGGCCACAAGAGGCUCUGCCCCAUCAUACCUUCAGUCUCUUAUAACGCCUUACACCCCAACUAGGACCCUCCGCUCCACGUCCUCCGGACAACUGACGGUCCCCUCACUCCGGGAACCCGGCAGCCGCUCCUCCCGACCACGCCUCUUCUCUGCCAUUGCCCCGAGGUGGUGGAACGACCUCCCCCAUGCAGUCAAGACUGCGGAGUCUCUUACCAUCUUCCGCAGGAAACUGAAAACCCACCUCUUUAGGACA